GCUGCCUAUUGUUUUCCUUCUCAUUCAGUACACUGUUAUAAAGGAAACAUACUACAGUUUGACAAUUAUUGGGGGGCUCCAGCCCCCCGGUUCCGACGGGCCUGAUAGUAGAUAAGCAAAUUUUGCCUGCUCAUUCGCAAUAUUUUAUCUAGAAAAUCUUUCUGCCGUUUCCCUAUGUAUCAAAGAACUUUUAAAAUGCGUCGCAUUAUUUUACAAGGCCUAUACGGCCAGGCUGGCGGCAUCGCUUUCUAUUCGCUACAUGUCUUUUUUCUCAAAAGGCAAAAUCUUGUCUUUUUUUCUAGAUCCUUUCCAAAUAAGAGCGAGCCAGGUAGUUUUUUAGCUUGCGAAACACACACGUUAACCAGAGACUGUUUUAUGACUGCAAGUGAGAGGAGAGUUCUUGCAAUAAUCCAAACGGUUUUUGAGUCUGCGGCACCUUUUUACCGCAUUUGCCACCUUAGCAUGUUUGCGCCAUUAUGGAUUAGGAUUUUCUUCAUGUGACAGUUGUCUAGACUUUUGAGGAACGGGCCAGGCUGAGGAUUUGGAAAUUUUUUGGUGUAGCAUCAUCUAUAUAUAUAAAAUUCAAAUAAUAAAGUAUCGGACAAUGCAGGCAAGUCGAAUAAAUGUAUUACUGCGGUGCGCGAGGCCACUACAGAACUCGUCAUCUAGGCCUAUUUGUUGUGGAGCACGUUUUUCGUCAGAUUGGCUCCGUGUCUCGAAGAAAGAAUGCAAACAUAAGGAUCAUAGGUUAUUGAAUUAUGCAGAAAGUCACUUGUGCAAUCGUGGCCAUACUACAAGUAAUUCUUGUCGAGAUUUUUCUUCCAAGAGAUUUAUGUGUGGAGUUCGUAGUGCCAACCGAACUUGCUGGAAUUGCAACAGGGAGAUUGGUACUGAGAUUUUCUUCUGUGAUCUCUGCAAAAAGAUACAGCCCCCAUUGACAGAACUAUCAUUCUUCCAAAUCUUCAGAAGCCCAGAAAUAUAUGGUGCCAAUGUGCGAGAUUUAACAAUUCAAUACAGAGAACUUCAAGGGAUGAUACACCCAGACAAAUUUGGCAGUUCAUUAGAAGAAGAACGUCAGUACUCUGCAGAGCAAUCAUCUUUGAUAAACAAGGCAUAUAAUACACUUAUUGAUCCACUGACAAGAGCAGUUUAUCUGCUAUCUUUGAAUGGUGUAGAAAUUGGUGAGGAAAAUACAGUUGGUGAUACAGAAUUUUUAAUGGAGGUCAUGGAAACCAAUGAAAAACUAAGUGAAGUAAAGACAUCAAAGGAUUUAGAUGAUAUCAGAAAGAUAAAUAAUGAUGCUAUUGACAGCUGCAUUGAAAAUCUAUUUAUUUCUUUUGAAAAUCGCGAUUUUGCUGCUGCUAAAGAAUGGACAAUAAAAUUCAGGUAUUACCGAAAUAUUUUAGAGAUUGUCAAGGAAAAGACUUUGGAAAUAGACCAGUGAUUUUAGCAUGUCAGAGAGGUGCAAUCAAGUGCUGAUUCUCUGAACUGUUUGUACAGAAAAGUCAUUUUAGCAUAAAAAAUAUCUUAAAGCAUAUAAUGUAUUAUCGAGUAUGAAGUAAAAUGCUUUGUAGGAGAUCUCUUAAACCUUUUUGAAAUAGAUUUUCUUACAUCUUA